UCCUCCUGUGUAUGACCUUCUGCCUUCCCCUGGACCCAGCUACCCGCCUCCUCCUGUGUAUGACCUUCUGCCUUCCCCUGGACCCAGCUACCCGCCUCCUCCUGUGUAUGACCUUCUGCCUUCCCCUGGAACCAGCUACCCGCCUCCUCCUGUGUAUGACCUUCUGCCUUCCCCUGGACCCAGCUACCCGCCUCCUCCUGUGUAUGACCUUCUGCCUUCCCCUGGAACCAGCUACCCGCCUCCUCCUGUGUAUGACCUUCUGCCUUCCCCUGGAACCAGCUACCCGCCUCCUCCUGUGUAUGACCUUCUGCCUGCCCCUGGACCCAGCUACCCACCUCCUCCUGUGUAUGACCUUCUGCCUUCCCCUGGACCCAGCUACCCGCCUCCUCCUGUGUAUGACCUUCUGCCUUCCCCUGGAACCAGCUACCCGCCUCCUCCUGUGUAUGACCUUCUGCCUGCCCCUGGACCCAGCUACCCACCUCCUCCUGUGUAUGACCUUCUGCCUGCCCCUGGACCCAGCUACCCACCUCCUCCUGUGUAUGACCUUCUGCCUGCCCCUGGACCCAGCUACCCACCUCCUCCUGUGUAUGACCUUCUGCCUGCCCCUGGACCCAGCUACCCACCUCCUCCUGUGAUCAUUUACAAAGAAACCUGUUGCACCCUAUGCUUGAAACCAGCUCUCUGUCUCCCAUCGUAUUCAUUACAGAAGCGUCCUUCACAAUAAUGUUCCUUUAUACCACUGAGCUCUACCCAACAGUAGUUCGGUGAGUGACCAAUAAACUACCAUAUCACAUUUGUUCACUUAAUGUAAUGAGUCCUUCGGUCUAUUCAGUGAGGUGAAACGUUAUUCACAAUGUUGCAGAUAGAAAUGUAACAAGACAAUCAACUCUGUUCUAAAGAAUACAUUUAUAUCUGAAUGUUUUGUAACGUUGUUUGUUGCCCUCCUGAGAUGGACCCCUUUUGGGUUAUGGUGUUCAUAGAAACAGAGACCUAAUAUCGAGACUUGUUCAUCGGGUUGCUCUUUAUAGUGGCCUCUUUAUAACACAUAUUGUUGACAAGAAGUUUCAAAGUACGUCAUGCUGCUACAUAAUAAUGUGGUUUUUUUUCUCACAGAUCUCUCCUCUUGCACCUUAAAUAACUUGUUAGUUUGGUCCCUCAUGCAGAGCGGCGUUGACUACAUCUCGUUUGUGGGUCGACUGGGCGUGUCCAUCGCUCCCUCUUGUUGCACUAUUGGAUAUUUGGGAGGUCCUUCCUGCUGUAAUAUAUAGCUUGGUGAUUGUUGGUACCAGACUAGUGGCUUUGCUCCUCCCAGAAACACUCAAUGUUCGCCUGCCAGAGUUCAUAAGGUCACCAAGGUAGAGGAGGAAUUGUAUUUGCUAACACUGUAUUUAAAGCCUCCAGCUAUAUUAUUGAUUGAUUGAUGAUUUUAUUAUGAUUUAUUGAUUGAUGAUUGCUCUUUGUUUUACAGCCCAUAUGGGCUUAUAGGACAAUAUUCAUCAAGUACUUAAAUUGUACAUUUAUGAUGCAGUUAUAUGAUGCAUUGUAAGACUUGUCAUGAGCCUGGUUAUAAGACAUUAUAAAGGCUCAUACAUGCUUAUAACAAGAUAUUUAAAAAAUGAGACCAAGAUGCUUUAAAUUAAGGUCUUUAAUCCAGUAUUAAAUCAGUAUUCAUAAUUGGACGAAUGGCCAUCUAACAUCUAAUUGCACCUUUCCUCCUUUGCAGAGCGAAACUGAAUGGAUAGUGCCAUUCCACUGAAUCACUUCUGAUGAAAACAGAAAUGGAACAGUUGAAGUUGCACGAAUCCACACAGAGGUUCUAUUAAAUUACAAAGAGAUUCUAUAAUUCUAUGUGAAUCCAUGUCACUCAGAGAAACAGUAGUUUUAAAGCAAGUGCAUGAAAUAUGAACAUAGAGCAGAAUAUCUAGCCAGAAGAUAAUGGAUGGACCAAAGCAUAGAUGCACUAGAGCCCUACUAAAGUAACCAAAACAACAACUAUAUAAUCAUUUUUAUUUUACCAGGUAAGUUGACUGAGAACACAUUCUCAUUUGCAGCAACGACCUGGGGAAUAGUUACAGGGGAGAGGAGGGGGAUGAAUGAGCCAAUUGUAAACUGGGGAUUAUUAGGUGACCAUGAUGGUUUGAGGGCCAGAUUGGGAAUUUAGCCAGGACACCGGGGUUAACACCCCUACUCUUACGAUAAGUGCCAUGGGAUCUUUAAUGACCUCAGAGAGUCAGGACACCCGUUUAACAUCCCAUCCGAAAGACGGCACCCUAUACAGGACAGUGUCCCCAAUCACUGCCCUGGGGCAUUGGGAUAUUUUUUAGACCAGAGGAAAGAGUGCCUCCUACUGGCCCUACAACACCACUUCCAGCAGCAUCUGGUCUCCCAUCCAGGGACUGACCAGGACCAACCCUGCUUAGCUUCAGAAGCAAGCCAGCAGUGGUAUGCAGGGUAGUAUGCUGCUUUAAGUAACACGCUUGACAAAAGUUAUUGUUAACCUGGUUAUUACACGGUGAAAGAGCAUUGUAAAAUUAAUUGUAGUCUGUUUUUCUCACACGGUCAUCAAUUAAUCUACUGUUUUGUUCUUCAUAAAUACUGGUGUUGGUAUGUCUUCCUGUGUGGCUUGGCAAUAAACCCAUGUUCUAUAGAUCUGUUUCCUCUGCUGAGUUACCCUAAGGUUUAGGGUUAGUUCCUUCCUCUUAAACCGCUGUCACGAGCUGGAACUUGUGUUUUCCAUCAGAUAAAUACCUUUAUUGUGGUGGCAUGUUCAAUAGAACAUACUAUGUAAAACACUGUGAAGCAUUUCAGUAUAUCUAGCCUUCGUCUCAUUUCAGUAUAUCUAGCCUUCGUCUCAUUUCAGUAUAUCUAGCCUUCGUCUCGUUUCAGUAUAUCUAGCCUUCGUCUCAUUUCAGUAUAUCUAGCCUUCGUCUCGUUUCAGUAUAUCUAGCCUUCGUCUCGUUUCAGUAUAUCUAGCCUUCGUCUCGUUUCAGUAUAUCUAGCCUUCGUCUCAUUUCAGUAUAUCUAGCCUUCGUCUCAUUUCAGUAUAUCUAGCCUUUGUCUCGUUUCAGUAUAUCUAGCCUUUGUCUCGUUUCAGUAUAUCUAGCCUUCGUCUCAUUUCAUUAUAUCUAGCCUUCGUCUCGUUUCAGUAUAUCUAGCCUUUGUCUCGUUUCAGUAUAUCUAGCCUUUGUCUCGUUUCAGUAUAUCUAGCCUUUGUCUCGUUUCAGUAUAUCUAGCCUUCGUCUCGUUUCAGUAUAUCUAGCCUUCGUCUCGUUUCAGUAUAUCUAGCCUUUGUCUCGUUUCAGUAUAUCUAGCCUUCGACUAUUUUCGCUUUUUUUCUACAAACUUGUGUGGGAACUAGCCUGGGUGCCAGCCUGUUGGUACCAUCAUGCUAUCAAGUCCUUGUCACCCACCCAUUGUCAUGGUACAAUGUAUGUUUGGCUUGACAAUGAGUGAUGGAGUUGGCAAAAGCACAAACAUCACGUCCUAUUCUCAUUUUGAACUUAGACAUGUUAACAUGUUAUUGAAUUCUAGAAAGUUUGAAAUUGUGAAAUCUUCUUUAGUUGCUCAAGCAACUCCUUUCUGUCAAUGUGUCACCAAUUAAUGUAGAUGAAGGCAUUCUUCCACAAACAAAAGAGGUUUAAGUGGUUUUGCACUGUCAAAGAUUGAUCAAUUUCACAUGGUUUACCUAACAAUGAGACAAUGGGACCAACAGACAACCUUUAGACUUGGUGAAAGAUUAUGACAUAUUUUUUGGGGAUUCAACGUUAGUGAAUGAGAGAGGGAUUGCUGUUGAUAUUACGAGUCUGUGGACAAGAAGUCUGUGUGGACCAAGUGGAAGACGAAGAUGAAGUUCGAACACCUACUCUCGGUUGUCAAUGGAUUUGGACGGUUCCAGAUGAUGAUCAUUAUCAUCAGCUUUAUUGGUCGAUUCACCCUGCCGUGUCACUUCCUGCUGAACAACUUCAUAGCAGCUGUGCCCUCUCACCACUGUGACCUCAGCGCUCUGGAUGAUGGCGGCCUCUUUGGGAAUCUGACUCAGGAGCAGAGACUGACUGUCAGCGUUCCAGUACAGGAAGAUGGAACUCCAAGCUCCUGUAAGAUGUUCCCAGAGCCCCAGUUCCAGCUCCUUUCCAGCUCCAAUGACAGUGACCUAGUUACAGUCCCCUGUCAGAAUGGAUGGGCAUAUGACAACAGCACCUUCAAAUCCACUCUGGCUACAGAGUGGGACUUGGUGUGUGACCAGAAAGGGCAAAAUAAGGCGACAACAACCAUCUUCUUCAUAGGAGUGAUGUUCGGAGCUAUGACCUUUGGAAGCCUGAGUGACAGGUUUGGUAGGAAGCCCAUGCUCCUGGUGUCCUAUAUCUCUGGCAUGCUGUUUGGUUUUGCCAGUGCUUUCUCCACUUCCUUCAUCAUGUUCGCUGUGCUCAGGUUCUUCACUGGGUUCGGCAUCACCGGCAUCGUCAUCGUCUCAUCAGUACUCAGUGUGGAGUGGGUGGACAUUGAGCACAGAAAGCUGGUGGGAGUGAUUGACAGCCUGUCUUGGACGUUUGGUUACUGCAUGAUUCCAGCCAUAGCCUACUGUGUGACCGACUGGAGACAGCUGACCAUAGCGGUCACCUCACCUCUUGCUCUAGCCAUACUCACCUGGAGGUGGAUUCCUGAGUCAGCCAGGUGGCUUAUAGCCAAUGGGAAGUUUGAGAAAGCUAACUUUUAUUUGCAACAAUGUGCCCAGAUGAACCAGAAGGAGGAGUUUGGAUCCAAAAUCACACCAGAGACUCUGUCCAGUAUCAUUGUGACAGAGAGAAAAGACAGAACUCACUCCUACCUGGACUUGGUCAGGACACCAAAGAUGAGGAGGCUGGCUCUACUAACAGGCAUAGUGUGGUAUGGUGUGGCGUCAACAUUUUAUGGCAUUAGCUUCAACAUUACUGGAUUUGGACUCAACAUCUAUCUGACCCAGUUUGUGUACGGUGCCAUAGAGCUGCCAGCCAAACUAUCAGCAUACUACCUUCUGGAUAAGGUGGGCAGGAGAAACACAGAAGUGGGAUCUUUACUAGGAGCUGGAAUCUGUCUCGCUAUCAACAUCUUCAUACCCAGAGACAUGUCUGUUUUAAGGACGGUGGUGGCGGUGCUGGGGAAGGGUUGCUCGGCAACAUCCUUCACAACCGUUGUGUUAUACAGCUCUGAGCUGUUCCCUACUGUGGUCAGGCAGAACGGCAUGGGUUACAACUCAUCCAUGGGUCGUCUGGGAGUGUCUCUGGCCCCUCUGAUCCUGCUGCUGGACGAGGUGUGGAGGGACCUUCCACAGGUCCUCCUCUGCUCCAUAGCCCUGCUGGCUAGCCUGGUGGCCAGGAUGCUGCCGGAGACACGGGGCCGCUGUCUACCAGAGACCAUCCAGGACGUCGAGGACGGGCAGAAAGGGAAAAGUUUGGCUGGAUCCCAAGUUGUGGAAACGACAGAUAUCCCUCUCAAAUCAAAGGACAACGAUGAGGUGGAAAAUGGAUACUAAGAUUCUUUCUGUAUAUAUUUUUGAUAUGCCCAAAUGU